AUGAAUCACUUUAAUUUUGGAGCGGCGACGGCGGUAAUAAACAAUACAAAAAAAAAAACAUUGAAGCACGUACACGUACACGGAAACACGCACACACCCACACUUGGGCAACGCCAGAGAGCCAAAACAGCUGUUUGCCUAUCGAUAGAUGGUAUCGGUAUCGUUGGACCUAUCGGUCGAAAAUACCAAACAAGAAUCCAGUUGUUCAAAAUGGACUUGCUGCAGCUGAACGAUGAUUGCUUGGAUCUAAUAUUUAGUUACCUAAAAUUCGAUGAAUUACUGCCGCUCUACAAUGAAUUUCAAUGUUUUGAGGGGGCCAUCGAAAGACAACUGCAUCGAUUUAGGGAUCUCAGGUUUAGCAUGAGACAACCACCAGUUUUUCACGAGGAUCUAAUGAUCAAACUGGGUCGCCACCUGAACAGUCUGCACAUUAACGUGGGCUACUCCACCAAGGAUGAAGAUGUCCUGCGAUAUUUGAACCCUCUAUGCCAAGGAGCCGCCGAGAGUCGCCGAAUGAAAGCCCUAAAAUUGGACCACGCCAAGUGGUCAUUUGAUAUAUUUAGUGCCGUGGAUAAAGUGGUUCCAUCGCUGUUAUUUUUGGACAUGCGUCACUGCGAUGUGCGCGAUUACCAGAUAGCACAGCUCUUGGAAUCGGCAGAUAAGUUAGAGGCACUCGCCCUACUCCAUGUGAACAAUCAGACGGGAGAUUCCUAUCUGGAGCCCAAAAUACUCAACAGGUUGCCAUCGCUAAAACUUAUCCAUAUCACAAUUAUAGGGCCUGUGCCAUUUGCCCCUGAAGAUCUGGCCCAGCAAUGCCCAAAUCUGAGUUUCCUUAUCAGUGACCUAAUCAAUAGCAAUUUUAAGAUUUAUGGCCCGCCUGCUAAUAUUCAGAACUAUUAUAAGAACUACAAUGACUAUUUUAAGAUACCUUGAGGAGUCAUGAAUUUU